UCAGCAUCGUUGCUCAGCUGGACUGUGAUCACAUCAUGUUCUUCAGUGACAAACUGCCAGUACUGAUGGUCCUGCUGACUCUUUAUAAUCAAGGCAGAACCGAAAAAAUAAUUGGAGGCCAUGUGGCUGAGCCACACAGCAGGCCGUACAUGGUGUUCAUUAGAAGGCACCUGGCCAACAAUGAGGAAUCAUUCUGUGAUGGAUUUCUUCUGAACGAGGAUUUUGUGAUGACUGCUGCCCACUGCCAAGCCAACAAUUUUACAGUUUACCUUGGAGUUGAUAAUACGAAAUUUUUGAAAAAUGACGAAAUACAGGAUCGAACUGUGGAAAAAGCUUUUCCUCAUGAAAAUUACGACAAAAACGCAUUUAUUGAUGAUAUAAUGCUCCUUAAGCUAAGCUCUAGAGCGGUGGUGAACAACUUUGUGAAACCCAUCGCUCUGGCAAGCCAUGAUGACGUGACCCUGCCCAAAUCCUGCAUCGUCUCCGGCUGGGGUCAAACUCGUCCAGAUGGAGUGAUCUCUGACAAACUCAUGGAAAUGAAUGUCACAUUGAUUGAAAAUAGCAAUUGUACUAAACUUAAGUUAUACUGUUCAAAUGGAAUAGCUAGACCUGGUAAGGGGGAUUCUGGAGGUCCACUGGUAUGUGGAGAUAGCACCGCUUAUGGAGUGGUGGCUUUCAUGUCCCAAAACCCAAAUGGUCCUUCAAUGGUUGCUUACACAAAGAUACCUUGCUACGUUGACUGGAUCACCUCAACAAUGAAAAAGGCUCUUAGCAAGGAGUAGCAGAACUUGCUAAUUCAAUCAUGUGUAACUUUACUUUUAGUAACUUCAUUGCUGAGGGAGCAAUCUCACAUAUUUCACACUGAUUGUACUGUCAGGGAAGUGCAAGCAUUUAAUCUUUUAAAUAUGUUGUUUUUCAAACAGAAAAACAACAUUAUGAACAUAGUCCAUCCAUCCAUCCACCCUAGUGGGUUCUGGUGAAGGGCGGUGUACACCCUGGACAGGUCGCCAGUCCAUGAACAUAGUCUGAGAGUGAAAUUUGUUAAUAUUCUUCCAUAUUGAGUUUGAGAACCUAUUUAACAUUGAUGUGAAAUUUCAGUUUGUUGAAGCUAAACUUUAACAAAUGUUUAAUAACACCUAGUUAGUUGUACAAUGAUUGGAGAUUCAAUGUGUGUGAAAAGAUUAUCUUGCUAUAAAUAGAGUCCAUAAUAUUUGUGCUAUUUUAUAUAUAUAUAUAUAUAUAUAUAUAUAAAACAAUAAACUUGUAUUCUGAAACUUGUAGUGUAGGCCUUUUUUCAGCAACUGAUACACUAAAAAGAGGACAACACUCCCUCCUUGUGAAGAAUGUGUGUCAUUGCCUAAGGAGGAGGGUUGCCAUACUUCUUGAAGUUGUAA